GUCAACUCUGUCCUUUUACAUCUCCUAUUUGAACGUUUCAUUCAUACAACUUUGAGAUGGCAAAGUUAAAACGCUUUCAUUGAAUCACAAAUCACACCUCAAGAAAGCCAAAGAAAAAAAAAAAGUCUUAUUCUUAUUCAUCUGUCAGAUGGUAUAAUCGAUCUCAAUGUCCUUGAUAAGAGGCUGGAAUUCAUUUAAACGCAAGUUGGAGCCGUUAAUGGCUGGCUCCAAAUACGACGCUGAUUUCUUGAAGGAAUUCUACAUUCCUACCUAUAUAUUUAGUGGCGAAACAAACAUCUCCGAUGUUCCCGAAGCACCUAAGUAUCCAGUGUUAGUUUUUAUCAACUCCAAGAGUGGCGGUCAGUUGGGUGGCGAUCUUCUUGUAACAUAUAGAGCUCUCCUCAAUGAACGUCAGGUUACCGAUUUGGGGGAAGAAGCCCCUGAUAAGGUGCUUAGUAGACUCUACAUCAGUCUGGAAAAGCUGAAACAAGAAAAUGAUAAAUUUGCUGCAAAGAUUUAUGAGAGAUUAAAAAUAAUUGUUGCUGGUGGGGAUGGAACAGCUGGCUGGCUUCUUGGGGUUGUUUGUGAUCUUAAAUUGUCACAUCCGCCUCCAAUUGCUACAGUUCCUUUGGGAACGGGAAACAACCUGCCUUUUGCUUUUGGUUGGGGAAAGAAGAAUCCCGAGACUGAUCGUAAUUCUGUGUUGUCAUUCUUGGAACAAGUAAUGAAAUCAAAGGAAAUGAAAAUAGACAAUUGGCAUCUUCUUAUGAGGAUGAAAAUUCCAAAGGGAGGUUCCUGUGAUCCUGUUGCACCUCUUGAGCUACCACACUCUUUACAUGCUUUCAGUCGCGUCUCUUCAACAGAUGAACUGAACAUGGAAGGUUACCAUACAUUUCGUGGGGGAUUCUGGAAUUACUUCAGCAUGGGAAUGGAUGCUCAAGUAUCUUAUGCUUUUCACUCUGAGCGAAAGGUGAAUCCAGAAAAGUUUAAAAACCAGUUGGUUAAUCAGACUACUUAUGCAAAGCUUGGUUGUAAGCAAGGGUGGUUUGCCGCAUCUACUUUUCAUCCUUCUACAACGAAUGUUGCCCAGCUUGUAAAAGUUCGAAUCAAGAAGAAACUUGGUCAAUGGGAAGUCCUCCAGAUACACCACAGCAUAAGGUCGAUCGUAUGUCUUAACUUGCCCAGUUUUUCUGGUGGUCUAAAUCCUUGGGGAGUGCCAAGUGGGAGAAGACAACGUGAUAAAGACUUCACUCCACCUUAUGUUGAUGAUGGCCUUCUCGAAGUUGUUGGUUUUAGAAAUGCUUGGCAUGGGCUCGUCUUGCUAGCUCCAAAGGGACAUGGAACUCGGUUGGCACAGGCACACCGGAUCCGCUUUGAGUUUCACAAAGGUGCCGCAGACCAUACAUUUAUGAGGAUUGAUGGGGAACCAUGGAAGCAACCAUUGCCAGUUGAUAGCGAUACUGUGGUGGUCGAAAUUUCUCACCUUGGACAAGUCAAUAUGCUUGCAACCCAAGAUUGCCGGUCUAAAAGUAUCAAUGAUGAUACCUCAUCCAGUAGCCAUCGCAGCCAAGUCAAUGAUGAUGAUGAUGAUGAUGAUGAUGACGACGACGACGAUGAUGGUGGUGGUGGUGAUGAUGAUGACCCAGAAGAGUUUCGGAAAUUUGGUGCUGCCAAUACGUUCAAAAUCCCUGAUGACCUCGAGAUCUCUCAUCUUAGUUAAACUUUUAAUACUCCAUUUCUUUUACCCUUUCCCUCAUUUUCCGUGGUAAAUACUCAUUUUUCAAUAUAGCUGUAAAAUGCUAUCGUUCAUGCUCCA